CAGCCCAUCUGGCCAUGAACCAAAUACAACCCAACCCUGACACCCUCGCUAAAUACGCCGCGAACGAUCCUCGUGUUCUCAUCUCGCGCUACACAAGAGAGCAUCACUUGUUUGCACCUUAUUUCUUAAGAGAUUCAUUGCGAAAUGUGCCUAAUUGACGUGAUUUAGUGCUUGCUGAUUAUCAUUUUCAUAAACAAGUGGAAUUGCCUGCCUGCUCACUGAUUCUAGACCGUAACAAAAUGCUUGUAAGGUAGCAAGAGAUUUAAUCACACCUAAAAGAGUGAGAGUAAACGUAAUCAUGUGAUAAAUUCCUUCAAAAAUGGGCAGUUUACCAAAUUUGCACGAACUAGGAAAAGACGUCGAGAAUGGUCCAUCGCCUUACAAGCCUGGUCCAGCCCUGGGUCACCUUUGUAGUGGCGGCAACUCUACAUUAUCCCAAGCUGAGAAAACAAAAAUUUUGCACCGAUAUUCGGGACAUGCCAGGAUAACUAAAGCUAGAAGCAACGGCAAUGAGUCCAAGAUUGUCUGCGAUGACUUUAUGCUAGAGCACAUGGCCACCUAUUCGCCAAUUUCCAACCGAUCAACCCGGAAUCUGACCCACAACAUCCGCCGUCGCGACUCACUGAACAGCUCAAUAGGGGCCACAUCUGUGCGUCGUUUGAUCGCCGUCGUGCGCUCCAACGCCCACCACACCACCCAGACCAGACAAGGGCCCCCAUACUCCCGCCGCCUGCUCCUCUCGAACCUGGUGGUGCUGUGCAUCACGCACCUGCUUAUCACUGCCGCCUUCUUGCCUUUCCUCGCCCUCCAGACCAGCGUCUCGGUGUGGACGAUGCCGCUGGGGCACUAUCUCACGCCCAUCCACAUCAACAUCGGCUCCAUCCUCCUGGCCCUGGCGCACUUCUUCGCCGCCGUGUCGGCGCUCCUCGGCCCCUCCGUCGUGCAAAAGCUGGGCACGAACGUCGUCUUCUUCUGCUCCUAUCUGGUGUUUGUCGUUUUCUACGCCUCACAUCUCUACCCAUCGUUGUAUGUGCUUUUCCCCGGCGCUGUGCUGCUGGGAGUGGCUUUGGGGCCGCUGGUCUCGGCGCAAAUCACCUUCCUGAUGACGCUCUCGGCCAAGAUUAACUACAUGUUCUCGGAGGAGGACGACGAUUCGAAAGCGUUGCGACGGACGUGUAUUAUCAGGAGGUUGGCGAGAGCGUUUCAAGCAGCUCAUGAUUUUGGACUUAUUGUUGGCUCGGUUUUAUCGGCGUUACUUAUUACUUACACUGUCAAUAUUAACAAUCAAGAAUAUGGUGAUAUUUUCGACAAUUCCACGGCGGUCAUGGAGAAAAAUAAUCAAACUGAAAGUUGUAGCAAUUUGACUUUAGAAAUUAACUGCACCAGAGAAAAAAAUUCCCUUUCGUACAACAUCUACGACUACAAUGCCUUCUUGGACGACAUAUUCGACACUUUUGAAGGGACGCGACUGUGUGGAGCCCAAGCGUGUCCCCCGAAUUUUCUCCUGCACUUUAACAUGUCAGAAGAGAGUUAUUUUCAUGUUUUGCCGAAGAAAAGUUCCAUGGUUUUGGCUGUGGUGUAUGCAGGACUUUGCUUCGUUGCAGCGAUGGCUAGUGCUGUAGGGUUGGAUAGAAUUCGGAUCUUUGUAUAUCAAGAUCCACUGGAGAGGCCAGAAGGGUUAGCUGCCUUAAGAGCUGUGAAGGAGUCUUUCAAAGAUGUGAGGCUGCAAAUGGCCGCGCCUUUGGCGCUGUUUAUUGGACUGGAGCAAGCUUUCAUCUAUGCUGACUUUAGCAAGUCUUAUGUGGUAUGCACUUUGGGCAUCCACCGACUGAAUUUGGUGUUCUUGUCGAUGGGUCUUCUGCAAUCCAUCGCUGCUUGCACCCUUAGUAUGCUUCUGAGGACCAUCAGAAGAUACUACGUUGUGGCCGUAGGUUUUACGUUCCACGCUUGUCUGUUAAUGGUCCUAAUCCUGUGGAAACCCAUCGAGGACGAUCCUGCCCUUUUCUACGUCAUCUCGGCCGCUUGGGGCGUCUGUAACGCCAUUUGGGAAAUGCUGAACUUCACCCUUUUGACCGGCCUCUACAGCGACAACUGGGAGUCUGCGUUCGCCAAUUCGGCGUUCUUCCGUUUCCUGGGCUUGAGCAUAGCCUUCGCAUUCCACGGACUUCUCUGCAACUACUACAAACUCUACGCCUUGGGCUUCUUCCUGCUGACGGCCGUCGUCCCCUUCGUGUGGCUCGAAGUCCGGCUGGAGAACAUGCGCAAAGUCAAGAAUAUCAUCCGGUUAUGACCUAAACUCAACAUUUGGUGAUUCCUCAUGUAAACAUAUCAUUCACUUGACGUCACGGUUUUGCGUGUGAUGUUGUACAGAGUAAUGUUAAAAGGUUGUUAUGACACCUCUUCAAUGUAUAUAAGAUUGUUUACUUCCACAAAUAAAAUCUCAACAAGAAAAUUGUAACGUUAUAUUUAAAUUUAAUAAUUAAAUACACAUCUUGUACAUUU